CAUCCUUUAUUAUUAUUGCUGCUGCUCAGAAGCAUUGCACCAGAAAACAAUUUUGGAAAAAGAAAGAAGAAGAAGAAGAAAAAAAAAGUCUCUUUCUUUGAAAUCUAGAAGACGCGCAGAUUUCCUACAAGUGGGUUACUUCCUCCAUUCCUCUCUGCCCUUCCCCGUCUCUCUGUCUCUCCGUAAUUCCAUUUGGGUUUCCUUUUAUUAUUUAUUGUCUCAAGAAACGGAGGAGGAGAAUGGCGACGGGGAGAGCUUUUUGAUCUGAAAUUUGGCAGGCGUUACAGCACAGGAAACAGAGAGCGGCUGCAGCGAGGCAGUGGGCGGCAAAGUUAUGGGCGGGUGUGUGUCGACUCCGAGAGCGUGCGUUGGCGGCGGCGGCGGCAGUGACAGAUUUAGUUCUUCGAAGAAGACUAGGAAGAGGAAGAAAAUUGGGAAGCAGAGGAAGAAGCACCCGUCGUCAUCGUCCAGAUUGUCGGAUGGCUCAUCGCCGCUUCCUUCAUCUGUUACUGCUGCAACUGCUGCUGUUUCAUCCGAUCAUAUCCCUUCUUUCCAAGGUGGAAGCAUCGAGGAGGCAUGGUUUGACACAAUCGCAGCAUUGGAGUCAGAUUGUGAUGAGGAUUUCCAGAGCAUUUCAGAUGGUGUUCUAUCUCAAACUGGGUCCGAGUUCGGCCGACUUUCGAGUGUGACAUUUGGUAGAGAUGCAGGCCAUGGUACUACGGAGCAUAAGGGUGGAGAUUCGUCGGGGAAUGAGGCGAAACAACCGGUGUUUCUCGACGAGGUCUCUGUGGAUGAAAGUCAUUCUGGUAAUCAUAGUAAAGGGGAAGGACUGUUAGAUAACUGUGGCAUCCUGCCUGGAAACUGUUUGCCUUGCCUUGCUUCCACCGUGUCACCGGUCGAGAAGAGAAGAUCACUGAGCUCUAGCCCGCCGAGUGCCAGGAAAAAGUCUGCAGUGAGAAUGUCAUUCAAAUGGAAGGAAGGGCAUCCCAGUAACCCCUUAUUUGCAUCAAAGAUUAUUCUGCAAAGGCCAAUAGCUGGAUCACAAGUGCCCUUCUGUCCCAUUGAUAAGAAGAUGCCUGAUAGUUGGUCGCACAUCGAUCCGGGCAGUUUCAAAGUUCGUGCACCAAAUUACUUCAGAGACAAGAAGAAGGAACUCGCCGCCAAUCAUGCUGCAUACUAUCCAGUUGGAGUUGAUGUCUUCUUGUCUCCUCGAAAGGUUGAUCACAUAGCUCAGUUUGUGGAACUUCCUGUAAUUAACACCUCAGCGAAGCUCCCAUCCAUUCUUGUUGUAAAUGUUCAGAUCCCAUUAUAUCCAGCCGCAAUUUUUCAAGGCGAGACUGAUGGUGAAGGAAUGAGCAUUGUGUUGUACUUUAAGCUUUCUGAAAGUUACUUGAAGGAACUCCCAACCCAUUUUCAGGACAGUAUCAGACGGUUGAUUGAUGAUGAGGUUGAGAAAGUGAGGGGGUUUCCUGUAGAUACAAUUGUGCCCUUUCGAGAGAGGUUGAAGAUCUUGGGACGCGUUGUGAAUGUAGAGGAUCUGCAUUUGAGUGCACCAGAGAGGAAACUUAUGCAGGCAUACAACGAAAAGCCGGUUCUGUCGCGUCCUCAACAUGAGUUCUAUUCUGGCGAAAAUUACUUGGAGAUUGACAUAGAUAUGCAUAGAUUCAGUUACAUAUCCAGGAAAGGUUUCGAAGCAUUCUUAGACCGACUCAAGAUCUGCGUCCUGGAUGUUGGCCUAACGAUUCAGGGGAACAAGGCUGAAGAGCUGCCAGAGCAGAUCUUAUGUUGUAUAAGGUUAAAUGGGGUUGACUAUAUGAACUAUCAUCAAUUAGGAAUCAAUCAAGAUUCCCUUGACUUUGUAAGUGCUUAGAAGAAGAACUGUAAGAAUUUUUCACCAUAUUUAAUGGAAUAAAAAAGCGCUCCAAUU